CUGCAGGCUUGAUUAUGUAUCUUAGGCUUCGAGUUCGAGCACAGUCGACGCCCUAGUCACGAAUUCGCUCGUGCAAAGGCCAGACCGCGUAAAAGGGAGAAUAAAUAGAACAUGAGGCUCAAACUGCUAUCUGAGGCACGUUUGGGCUUGUGCGCUGGUCCCUGACGACGAGAACGCAGCGAGCAUGCAAAGGUUCAAGCUACGAUUUCCGCCGUUCCUGUUACUCCAGCUGGCGCAAUUGGUGCUAAAAGCGGCUGGAGUAAGCAUUUGCAGCCUCAGGCUGCUACCUGGCAGCGGGAGUCAGAAUGCGCGCUGCAUGUGCUGGGACGGCGGCCCGGGACAGUUCAACACAGUCUUGUAUCCGCUCACAAGCACAGAGCUAUCCAUCUGCGCCGCGGACGGAGGCACAGGCGACCCCAGCGAUGUGAGCGUGUUGCCGGGCUGGGACCUGCCGGCUGGUGCCACCACCCUACGCUUCAGCGGCCCAGGGGCCUUCCUUCUGGACGGCACAGGACCCGGCUCCGCCCUAGCCAGCAGCUCACCCCUGCCACCACUAUCGCCGCCGCCCCCUCCCAGCUAUGGAGGAGGUGGCGGCGGCAGCAGCGCGCCCUAUGUUGUGGUGGGCGCAAACGCGGUGCCGGCAGGCGUGGUUGCGGCGGACCUCGACUUGCUCAGCGGCGGUGGCGAUGGCAGCGCCAACAAUGCCGGCGAGCCGCUGUUGCGGUUCACGGGGCUGUCGAAUGUCACGCUCCGCAAUCUGGCCUUUCAGAACAUCACCGUGUCAGCUGCCACGCCGCUCAUUCGCAUCGAGGGCUGCAACAGAGUGUCGCUGUCAAACGUCGUGUUCACAUCGGUGACGGUCGUUGUGCCAACAGCGGCGGACGCCGCCGCGAUAGCAGCAGCAGCAGACGGCGCUUCGGGGGCAGGAAUGCAGGUGCUGCUUGGCGCACUGGUGUCUGUGGCGGCGGGCUCAGGCGAGGCCGGUGCUGAUGUCGCAGUCACCGGCGGCGUUGACUUGUCCGGCAUCCUGCUGCGGCGUGUGCGUGUGGUUGCGGCCACAGACCCACAGUCCCCAGGCGGCGUCGCCGACGUCCCCACAACGACGGCGCUGGUGGCAGUCACUGGGUGCGCCGGCGGGACUUCGCCUACCAACAGCAGCGAUGGUGCCAGUGGUGGCAGUGGUGGCAGUGGUGGCAGUGGCGGCAGUGGCAGCGGCGGCUGUGCAAUCCGGGGCGUGUCACUGCAGGAAGUGAUUGUGCUGGCCCCGGGAGCUCACGUCCUGCACGUGGCCAAUAGCUCUGGAGUGGCCGUGUCGGACGUGAGUACAGCAAUCCCAGCCGCCGGAAGCAGCACCAGCAGCAGUAGCAGCACCAGCAGUAGCACCAGCAGCGGCAGUAGCACCAGCAGCGGCAGUAGCCAGGCCGUGACGCUGCCACCGCUCCUGGUACAAGGGGAGGGCGCAGCGGUGCUGACUCUAGAGGACUGCGCCCCCGGUUGCCGGCUGGAGCGUGUGAGCCUGGGUGCGGCGGUGGCAGUAGCAGGGCCGACCGCGGCCGUAGCAAUAGCAGGCACGGCGGUGGCCAUGGCCGUACAGCUGGGCGGUGGGGCUCUGGCACUGGACGUGGUACGCUGCGCCGGGCUGGUUGUGUCGGAGCUACAGCUAGCGGACACGGGCAUCAGCCAGGGUCCGGCUGCGUCGGCGGCGCUAGCUGCAUCCGUCUUUGCUACAGCUGGCAGCGCUAGCGUUAGCGCCAGCGCCGGCGCCAGCACGGCCGCUUACGUGGCGGCGCUGCGCCUGAGCGCCUGCCCGCAGGCGUCGCUGUCUGACGUCAGCCUGGUCCGGCUGACCGCCUCCGGUACCGCCUUUGGUCUGGUGCUUGCGGCCUCCUCCACUGGCGUCACCGUGCAGCGGCUGGCGGUGCGGGCGUUCACUGGGUCAGCCAACGCAACCAGCUCCGCGGUCUACGUGCGGGAGGGCUCGGACGCCGUGCUCGCGGGGGCCACGUGCGAGGGGAGCCAGGCGGAGGAGGGCCCGUGCCUUCGGCUGGUGGAGGCGGCGGUGGCGGUGGAGGGCGGGAGGUUUGUCGGGAACAGCGCAGCAGCGCUCGGCGGAGCGGUGCGUGUUGUGGAGGGCACGCGCCGGCGGCCGACGACGCUGGUGGUGCGCGGCGGUGCAGUGUUCCAAAACAACACAGCCCUUGAAGCUGGCGGCGCCAUCUGCGCCUACGCGGAGGCUGGUGUGGGCCCGGCGCUGAACAUCAGCGACGCGGCCUUUUCCGGCAACACCGCGCGCCGCGGUGGAGCGCUUGCGCUGGUGCCGGUGCAGGGCGGGCUGCCCACCGCCCGCCUGGUCAACUGCACCUUCACAGCCAACACCGCCCAGGUGCUGCUUGGCCCCGCAGGGGCAGCGGCGGUUGUCACCGUGGGCCAGGAGGCCGUGCCGGUCGCGUUCGGUGGCGACGUCUACGCCGUCGAUGGCGCGGCGCUGAAGCUGGUGGGAAGCACCUUUAGCGGCGGCUCUGCGGCCCUGGGCGUAGGCGGCAGCGGCGGCUGUGUGUACCUGCAACGCGCGGCCGCGGCGCUGAGUGACUGCCGCUUCAGCGGCUGCAGUGCGCCCAACCGGGGCGGCGCGCUGUUACAUGAGCCCGUGGACGGCGCUCCGUGCCCGGCCUCUGACCCCGCCGCCUGCGGCCUCACGCUGCGCCACUGCCGUUUCAACGGCUGCGCCGCCGGUGAGGGCGGCGCGUUGGCCAUCGUGCUCAACGCCAACCGCCGCAGCCAAGUGACCAUGGACGGUUGUGACUUCACAUCCAACCGCGCCGCCAUUACCGGCGGCGCGGUCGCGGUGCUGGGCAACUGCAUGCCUUACAGCAACCCGGCAGGGUGCGGCCUGCAGGCGGACGUGGCGCUUCAGGUUCACAGCCAGGUGUCGGACUGCACCUUCACCGCCAACACGGCGCCCAUGGCGGGAGCGCUGUACCAGGCCUACAACAACGCACAGGGGAUCAACAUCACUCGCUGUGUGUUCGAGUCCAACAACGCCAGUGAGGCCGGAGCCCUGUACGUGCGGGCCGUGCCAGUGGUUGAGAUCCGGCACACGCUCUUCGCCAACCAGACGUCCACGCUGAUUGGCGCGGCGGAGCUGCUGUCGCUGCACGACCACGCCACCGUCACCAACACCACCUUCCGCAACAACUCCUGCAACCGCAAUAACGCAAACACCGGCAGUUCGUUGUACGUUGCCGAGUACGACGGCGUAACCACCAACGGCCAGCCCGACGGGCCGCUGUUCCAACUGACGCUAACCAACUCCACCUUCGAGGACAACUACUCCAGCUCUGAGGCGGGAGGUGCGACCAUCACUCGCUGCGAGGCGUUGCUGGAGGACCUGGCAUUCCGCAACAACGCUGCCGGCGGGCGUGCGGGAGCGCUGUUCCUGGAGGCGGACGUGGGCGGCCUGACACAGGCAGCCAUCAUGGAGGGCAUACCGCGCCGGGUGACCAACGGCACGCUGCGGCGGCUGGCCUUCAGCGGCAACCGGGCCAGUCGGCUGGCGGGGGCACUGCUGGUAUCGGGCUGGUACCUCGACAUGCAGGACGUGGCAUUCAGCGGUAACUCCGUCAACACCUACGCGGCGGGCGGUCUGGACAACGCAGGCGGCGCCGUGUUCGCCACGCAGUGCCCCGCCGGCAGCACCCUGCAUCUGCGGAAUAUUGUCCUUGAGCGGAACAGCGCCUUUCAGGGUGGCGCGCUGGCGGCGGAGCUGUGCAGCAUCUCCCUGACCAAUGCCACCUUCAAUGCCAACUCCGCAACUGGGGACGCGGGCGCGGUGCUUGUGAGCGGCUUCACCGUCAACCAGCAGCCCACUGCUGCCGACACCGCCGCUGGCAAUGCUGCAAACAUCAGCAGCGGCGCCGUGUUCACACUGGAGGUCCGCAACACGUCCUUCACGGACAACACCGCCGCCAAUGGCGUGGGCGGCGCGCUGAAGGCCUACUGGGCGAUGCUGCGUGUGGCGGACAGCACCUUCACCCGCAACACCGCCAGUGGCCAGGGUGGCGCGGUUUACAUGCAGUUCGUGCCGCCCAUGCCCAGCGCGCCGUCCGGUCAGGUCCUUGACACGGGCAUGCGGGCCUGGAUCGAGCGCAGCACCUUCACAGCCAACGCCGUAAACAACUCGGGCGGCGCGAUCGCACUCGCCGCCUCAGCCGUACAGAUGUACGACUGCCACCUGUACGGCAAUCGGGCUGGCGGCGGCGCCGCCGGUGGCGCGGGACUGUUUGCGGACAGCUGGUCGGCUGCGGGCGGCGGCGUGUUCGCGCUGGGAUGCACUGCUCCCAUGCAGAUCUGGCGCACGGGCAUGGACGGCAACCAGGCGGGCGGCCGAGGCGGCGCGCUGGCGCUGCUGACGUGUGGCGCGCGGGUGUACGACAGCGCCCUGAGCGGCAACACGGCCCGGCUGUCUGGAGGCGGCGUGGCGGCGGGCCACCAGGCCAGCACCCUGCAGCCCGAGGGCCCGCUGCUGCAGCUGCAAAACUGCAGCCUCUCGGGGAAUACUGCGCUGGACGAGGAUGGGGGCGGCGUGCACUGCGCGCGCGUGCCGCUGCUGCUGGCCGGCUCGCACUUGCGCAACAACACCGCCAACCAGCGUGGAGGCGGUGUGUACGGCACAAGUGCGCGCAGCUUCGUAGCGGCAGGCUGCGUGCUGGACUGGAACCGCGCGGGUGUGGCGGGCGGGGCGGCCUACCUGGAGAGCGGCGACGUGGUGCAGGUCGGCGGCUGUUCUGUAGCGGACAACGCUGCAGUGGAGGCUGGCGGCGGGCUGGCACUGGUGAACAUGCAGUGCUCCUACCUGCGCAGCCUGACGCUAGCACGCAAUCGUGCGGCCCGCGGCGGCGGAGUCCAGGUCACGAUGCCCGCGCUUGCCGCGGCACCUGCACCGGCCGGUGGUGCCCUCGGCAGCGGCACUGCUGCGUUGCCGCCGUCACAGCCCUGGAGCACAGCCCAGGCUGGAAUGACGGCGGGCUGCCCCGCGGCCUUUAGCGCGCUGGAGCAGCAGCUUGCGGAUGCCAGCUCAGACGGCGGUGGCCCGCAGCGGCGGUUGGCUGAAGCUGGUGGGAGGAUCGGUUGGCUGACCACCAUGUCCGCGGCAGCCCAGCGUGUCGCUAAGCAGCAGGUCGCCGACAUUUACAUCGUCGCCACCGGCGUCAUAGCCAUCAACAACUCGGCUCUGGGUGGCCAAGGAGGGGCCUUGCUCCUGGAGGCGGUUCGCGGGUCCCUGUUGCUGGACGGUCUAAACGCCACCGGCAACAUCGCCACCGCCGCCGGCAGCAGCACCGCUAGCAGCGCAGCCGGCGGCGGCGGCGCUGUCGCGCUCACGGAUACACGCCAACCCGGCGGCGCGGCGCUGUUCGUCACGUCCUCGCAGCUGUCUGCAAAUGUGGCGGCGGGCGGCGGCUCGGGCGGCGCACUGGCAGCGGACGGCAGCCGCACCCACCAGCAGCUGGUGCUGGUCAACUCAACGCUAGGCAGUAACCAGGCCGACCAGGGGGGAGCGGUGGCGGUUGUGAGGAAUGCCUCUCUCGCGCUGAGCGGCUGCCGACUGCAGGACAACAAUGCUGCCGGUGGCGGUGGUUCCGUGUUUGCCGCAGGCUGCAAGCUGCUUGUGCUGAGUGACACGAACAUCACGGGCUCAACCGCGAGCAAUGGCGCCAAUAAUGGCGGAGGCCUGGCCGCGGACAGUUGCACGGCGGUGCUGAUGGACGGCGUACGAAUGUACGGCAACUCGGCAACUGGAUCCGGGGGUGGCGCGUACGUCACGGCGUCUGGCGCCGCGCCUGGCGGCGGCAGUAACAGCGGCUCUGGUCGUGCGGCUGUAGCAGUGCUAGCAGUGUCCGCCAGCAACAUCAGCUACAACCACGCCGGCAGCAGCGGCUACAGCGGGGCGGGUGCUCCGGGCGACGCGGGCCUGCCGGCCGGUUCUGGAGGUGCGCUGUACGUGGGCGGUGCGGUGGCGGCGUUGGUGGAGCGCAGCCACUUUGAGGGCAACACCGCGGCGGCCAUGGCGGGCGCCGUCGGGCUGGGGCUGCGGUGUGCACAAGGCGCUGCUGUGGGCGCUUGGAGCGUAGAGGCGUUGCAGGCGGCCGCGGCGGCUGCCGCAAUCGAGCUGGGGCCUCUACUGACGCCGGCCACAGCUGGCGCCGGCAGCCCCGCCACAGGCGCGCUUCCGCCGCCCGCGUCGCUGCCCCUGUCAUCUAGCCUGAUGGAGCUCCUAUCGCCACGCAAUCAGACCCUCCAGGCGCUGGCCCGGGCGGCGGCUCGCAGCUCUGCGCAGUCGGGCUGCUGGCCGGCGGUGGUCGCGUCCGCCAGUCUGUGGAACAAUGCGGCGGGGGGCAGCGGCGGGGCGCUGUUCUCCAGCUCCGCCUACACACUGGCGUUGCUGUGCGGCUCCAGUCACACCCUCGACACCGCUGACACAGGCGGCGCGGGCGCCGCUGGCCCCGCGGCCGGGACAAGCGGCGGCGGCGGCAGUAGCAGUGGAGAUGCGUCAAAUGGCGCGGCGACAGCGGCGGCGGCGGACACGGCCUUGGCAAGGCUGGUCGAUACCACCACCACAGCAACACCCGAACUGGCGGACAGUGGCAGUAGCAGCAGUGGCAGUAGCUUCUUUGAUAUGGGCAUUGCUGCAGCCAGCAGCAGUGGCAGUAGUAGCGGCAGUAGCAGCAUUGUACUGCCACCCGCCGCUGCUACUACUGCUGCUGCAACCGCGGCUGCUACUGCCAAUAGUGACGAGCUGUUCAUGGGCAGCCUGCCCACCACAGAGGAGGAGCGGGCGCUGUGCUUCCAGCCGCCACAGAUGGAGGGCGGCGGCCCCGCCGCGCCGCCCAACCGCGUGCGCUCAGGCUACGGAGCUGAACUGGCCACGGCGCCCAAGCAGCUGGUCCUGUCCAGCAUCCGCGAAUACGACCAGACGCAACUGCUUGCCGUACGGAAUGACAGCGCCAACCGCAUCAACGUGACUUACCUCGACAGCGUGCUGUACAGCGGUACGGGCGACGUGGUCCAGGUGUACGGCAGGCGGCGGCUGCAGCAGGCUGGCGGCGCGGCGGCGGCUCCACCACCGCCGCCGCCGGCGGCAGACGCGGCGACGCAGGUUCUGGGGCAGGCGGUGGUGGGCGGGGGAUCCCCACUGCAGCCCGAUGCCGGCAGUAGCACUGGCGGCGGUAUGGCUACAGCCGGCGGUGGCAGUGACACCGGCGUACCGCUGCUGCCAUGGCUGAGCCGAGUCACGAUGCUUUCCGCCGCUGCCGCCGCCGGCAGCAACAAUGGCAGUAGCGGCGGUGGCGAAGCCGACGGCGGCGGCAGCGGCGGUGGCAGUAGCAUUGCCCAGCAGCAGCGCGUGUACCUGCGGGAGUGCUGGUCGGCGCAGGCGUGUCGGUUGGUGAUGCCCAACAACCUGGGCGUGGCGAUCAACGUGUCGGUCUACGACGCGCUCAACCAACUAACCGCCGACCCAACCGCCUCCCGGCCCGUCAUCCGGGCCUCAAUGGAGAUGCUGCCGGCUGCGCCCUCCACCAGCAACACCACCACAAACGCCAGCGCUGCCAGCAGCAGUGCAGACGCUAACAGCACCGGCGCGCCUGCGGGUCCAGCGGUCUCGGCGUCGCCCGCACGGCCAGACUUGCUCGGCAACCCCACAGCCCAGGUGGUGGAGGGCGUGGCGUCGAUGGCCGGACUGCGUGUGCGCGCCCAGAAGGGCGACUACGUCCUCCGAUUGGAACUUGACACCGCCUCCUCCUCUGCCGGCGCCUCUUCCUCAGCGGCCGGCGGCGCGCAGUCACAGUCGCAGCAGCAGCAGGCGGUUCCGCCGCUUCUGGUGACGGUGACGGUUCCGCCGUGCUCGCUGGGCGAGGUGGUGCAGGACCAGGGCUACCUGUGCUCACGCUGCUCCGCCAACACCUUCAGCCUGGACGUGGACCCCUACGCCGGCGACCCGCGCGGCGCCGCCUUCGCCGCCGCCAACGGCAACGUGGGUGGCGGCAGCUGCCAGGCCUGCCCCGACCACGCCGUGUGCCCGGGCGGCGCGGUGGUGGUGCCAGAGCCGGGCUACUGGCACUCGGCCGCUAACAGCACGCGCAUGCACCGCUGCCCCAAUCCGAGCGCUUGCAGGUCGGGUGAUGACGACGUAAAUUUGGCACUGCAGCGGUGCCAGGACCGGUGGUACGCUUACUUCGGCACUGCCAGCCGCUUCUGGUCCCUGGUCAGCGCCCCAGACAGCGGCCGGGGAGUGGUGGGCGCAUACCUGGACGUGUUCAGGUCGCUAUCAGCCGGUGACGCACGCGCCGUGCCUGCCUCCCCGCUCCUGCCCCAGCUGGGCGGCAUGACCGCUGGCAGCAGUAGCGGGUUGACGACAGCGGCAGCGCGCGCGAACUUCGACGGGUUCCUUCUGGACUGCGUGCUGUGGGGAUCGCCGCCCGGCACCGCCCCCGACCUCACGUACAUGGCGCAGCAGUGCGCACCGGGUUACGCCGGCACGCUGUGUGCCACGUGUACGGCGUACGACGGUCAGCAGUACGCCCUGGACAGUGACUUCAACUGCAGCACGUGCUUCAACGGCUGGCAGACGGUGCUGAUUGGGGUGGCGGUGUUCCUGCUCAACACGGCGUGGCUGGGCUUCUCCGUGCUGAUGACCUUCCUGGCGGACUACUCGCACGAUGAGGACCGCAUGCCGCCCGCGGACGUCCUCAAGGUGCUCAUCGUUCACUUCCAGUUCUUCCUGAUUGUGACGCGCAUCAACAUGGACUGGCCCGCCAGUGUGUUGGCGCUGCAGUCGCUGCUCGGCUCCAUCACCGGAACCGUCAAGCAGGUGUACUCGCCCUCCUGCCUGUAUGACGGCGCGGACUCGGCCACACAGGCGGAGGCGCAGGUCCUGGCGGGGCUGCUGCUGCCGGUGUUGUCCGUCCUCGUGGUCAUGCUGCUGUGGACCCUGCGGUACUUCUUUUGGAACCAGCGCUGGUUUUGGCAGCUUUACAGCGGCGGCUCAGCAGCAGAUGCACGCGGCGGCAUCGACGCAGAUGCGGACGACGCGGAUGUGGACGUGGAUGAAGGCGACACGGAACAUGACAUGGGCAAAAGCAUGGGCAGCCCUCAGCAGUUUAAGACUGCUGGCAGUGGGGAUGGCGGCGGCGGCAAUGUUGCUGGGGUGGCCAGUUCCGGUGGCGGUGCGGAGCCUGCCACCCCCAACUCCAUUGCCGCAGCCGCGGCGGGGAGCCAGGGAGGAGCCGCCGGCCGCCGUCGCCACGUCAGCAACGUCGUCUCAGCCCUGGCCACCCGCCUGGCCUCCAUCACCAGCGCUGGAAGUGCCGAUGGAGGCGGCGGCAGCGGCGGCGGUGGGAGCGGUGCAGGCACGCCCCGGAGUCGCAAGCGCUCGGCGCUUGGAGCCGCCGCGGCCAGUGAUGCACAUGCAGACGGUGCUGCUCCUGAGGUGGUGGCGGCGUCGCCGCCGCAGAAGCCGCCGCAGCGGCUAGAGAACGUGCUGCGCAUUCGCCUGCCCAGCCGUGAGGCCGCCGCCGCCGCCGCGGGAACCGCAGCCCGGCGCGGGCCGGUUGCGGAGGGCGUGCUGCGAGAUGACGGGGACGUAGCAGCACACACCGCGGCGGCGGUGGCGGCAUCGCCAGGCGGUGAUGGCAGUGGCGGCGCCGGUGCCGCCGCCGGCAUCCCGGUGGUUGUGGCAGCUGGCGCCGCCGCUGGUGCCAUGCUGGCGCCUGGCUCGCCGCCUGCGUGCCCCCACGUGAGCGACGGCCUCACCACGAGCUCACUGGUGAGCAAGCAGCUGCACCAGGGAAGCAUAGGGAGCGCCGGCCCAGGGCCGGGCUGGCAGCGGGGCGGCGCCGGCAUCACCAGCGGCGCCGCCUUGGCGGUUGACAGCAACGGCACGCCGCUUGCGCUUGCCAGCCCCGCUGUAGCAGCUGCUGCCGCCGCCGCCAUUGUCACAUGCAGCGGCCCUGGUGGCAUGGAGACGCAACUGAACCCGCUUUUUAGCCAGGGUCCGGGGCCCUUGCUGUCGGAGGGCAACAGUAUGGGCGGCUUGGGCGGCAGUAGCAGCGGGGCGAUAGGCCGUAGUCACGGCGGCAGUAGCAGAGUGUUCGGGGGCAGUAGCAGAGUGUUCGGCGGCAGUAGCGGCUCCAUCAAGGCGGGCGGGCUGCCGGAGCAGCGGCACCAUGUGCAAGGCUCACCUGUGGCACCUGCCGCUGCGCCGUUUGCUACUGCCGCUGCGGCGCCUGCCGCGGCUGUAGCAGCUCCUGCCGCGGGCGCACCGUCUCACAAGCUUCAUCAGCAGCUGCUGGUUCAGCAGCACAGCCGUCGCCGGGCGGCUGAUGCAGCUACUGUUGUUGCAGCUGCGGUGGCCAGUGCUGUGUCUGCUGCUGAUGAGCAACAGCCUCCCGGCCAGGCAGCACCCGCAGCUGCUGCCGCCGCAGCGACACCCAUCGCCAGCCCUUCACUUGAAGCUUCUGCGGUCGUUCUGUCAUCGCCGCUGCUGCUGCCGCCGCCGCCGCCGCCGCCGCCGCCUCAGCCUUUUGACGCCAUCCAGCCGCAAACCUCCAUCGCCUUAUCGGCCGCGUACGGCGUGCCGCCCGGCGUCGACAGUGGCUACGGCGCCAGUGCCCCUCACGGCAGCGUGUACGGCAGCGGUUACGGCGCCGCCUAUAGCGGUUACGGCAACGCCCAUAGCGGGUACGGCGGUGGUGUUCCGUACAGCGGGUAUGGCGCCGCUGCGCCGCAUAGCGGCUAUGGCGCAGCAUACAGCGGGUACGGCGCAGCCCACAGCGGCUACGGCGGCAUUGCUGCUUUCAGCGGCUACGGCGACGGCGCAGUUACCAGCAGCCCCUAUGCAGCUGCCCUGGGCGCGGUCGCCGGCGCUGGCAGUGGUCGCACUCGACUGCAGUCGACGGUUAGCAUCUCAACCAACCUGCUGCCCAAGAGCGGGUCGCGGGUCCACGCAGCCGGUAGCGUCGGUGGCGGCGGUGGCUCGGAAGCGGGUGGGUUGCAGCGAACCGGCACGAUGGCGUCGAUUGCGCGCAGCGACCACCACCCAGCGCCGCCUGUGGACGUGGACAGCCAGGCGGGGCGGAGGAAGAUCUGGAUCUUCAAGCAGCGGCAGGCGCUGUCGUUUGUGGAUGCGCACAUGAGCCUGCGGUCGCAGCUGUUCCUGGUGCUUAUGGUGACGUCGUUCGUGAUGAUGCCCACGUGGGCCACUGAGGCGCUGUCCAUAUUCGCCUGCAUGACGCUGGAUGACGGACAGGGCGACUACCCAGCCAACCAGCAGGCCGUCUGGCGCUACGGGUUCUGGGUGCGGGACAUGAACCAGACCUGCUACACCAACAAACACCUGACCUUCUGGGUGCCUCUGGGCGUGUGUGCGGUGGUGGUGCUGUGCCUGGCGCCGCCCAUCACCUCGGCCGCGCUCAUGUUCGCACGCCGCCGCAAGCUGGGCGAGCAGCGGACGGUGCAGGUGUAUGGCUUCCUGUACCACUCCUACAAGCCGCGCUGGUACUUCUGGGAGUCGCUGAGUCAGGCGCAGACGCUCCUGCUCGUUGUGGUGGAGGUAUUUGGCAGGACACUUCCAGUCUACCAGCAAGCCCUGCUGCUGACGGCCAUCCUCCUGUGCAUCCUGAUGCUCAACACCUACAUGUCCCCGCUGCGUGCCGAGCGCCUCACGCGGCUGCAGCUGCUCUCCCUGGGAACCAUUUGCCUCACAGCCACCCUGGGCAUGUUCACAAGCAAUCCCGACGUCACAGUGUCCAAGGCGAGCGACGCGGUGUUGGGGGCAGUCAUCCUCAUCAUCAACUGCCUCAUCAUCGCGGCCUUCCUGGCGUUGUUCGUGGUGGCGUCGAUGCCCACCAUGCGGCGAAAGGCGUCAAAGUGGAUGACGAGGCUGGGCGUGGAGCCGUCGCGCCUGGUGCUGCACCUGCCGCAGGUGACCCACAUCAACCAGGCUCUCAGCCGCGCCUGGACGCGCAUCACUCCAACCUGGCGCCGCCCGACACCUGCAACCGUCAGCGACAGCGGCAGGGCUGUAGGCCCAGAUCCCGGGCCCGGCCUCGACCCGGCCGUGAGUGUUGUCGUUUCUGGUGCUCCCGACAUCGACGCCAUGGCCAUCGCCGACGUCUCGGUCUUGCCACCCAUCCAGCCUGCGGUCAGCGGGGAUAUCGGUGACAGCCGUAUGCUGCCGCCGGCAGCCACGGACGCGCAAAGCGGGGCUGACGCCGCGGCAGCGGUGCCAGACGCUCUAGGAGGAGGCAUGGCCGCUGCUGGGGCGACUAGUGGCGGCAAUGUGCCAGAUGGAGGGCAGGCAGAGCGUAGAGGCUCCGCAGCGCGACAGAAUGAGGAUGGGGUGGGGAAGACCGGAGUGGGUGUGGUUGCUGUGGAGGCCCAGGCGCCGCUGCCAACGGCUACGGAGGCGGCAGCUGCUACAAGUGCUGGUGGAAUUGAGUCCGGGUAAUAAGCCACGCCUGCUGCAAUGCAACGGCUUACGGUACUGGACAUGAAUGAAUGCGAUUCCCGUACCUUAGGCAUACUGUGUGCGGGGCUCAUGAGACAUCGCCAUACACAUGCGCGUGCGUGCGGUUUGAUGCGAUGAUAUUGUUGGUGUGUGCUGCUAUUUGCUGCGUGUUCCAGGGAAGGCUCGCCCUAUGUGGGAAAUUCCAAAGAUGUGCACGCAUGCGUGGUCUGUUUGUGGUGUUUCUCAUUCCAAGCAAGCGACAUCGGAAAGAGACCUAGAGAGACAUGUGGUUGGUGUGGCAACUGGUGUGUUAACGGAUAGCCCAUAUGUGCACACGCCGUGCCCCACCCGCACGGAGCCGCCAGCCUGAGCCCGCUUCCAAGGAAGCCGCCCGUGGAAGGCUUCCCUGCCUCAGGCUGUCCGGUCUGCGCCGCAUUCUGCGGGCGCCCUACCUGCAGGCAGGUGUUCUGAUUGCCCAGCCCGUUUCAAUUUCUCAGUUACCUGGCUUUGCCUUUCGGCCUUCGCUACUUUGUCCCAGGUUCUGGUCUUCUUCGCUUAUCGUUGCCUUUCUUGAACCCCUCUGCACGCACUCCUCCCGGGGUUUACCAUUGACCCCUGGCUGUCUGCGCUUCUACUCGAUUGUUGCUGCCCUGGGCGGCAGGGAGUGCACGGCACCCCUGCCCAAGCCACUGCCUUCAGUUGUAAACAAAACACUGC